AUGAAUAAAGAACUGAAGGAAAAAACAGAGUCUCUAGAGAGCCAGUUAGAGGCAAAUGACGUCUUGCUAAAGAAAAGGGAUGAAAAGGAGAGAGAAAAGCAAAAUUUCUUCCAACAGGCUUUGGUCGCAAAGGAAGGAGAACUGGAGAUCGCCAUAAAGAAAAAAACUGGCGUGGGCCUCAAACUGAAACAAAUAGAAACUUCCAAUCAAAAGCUUGUUUCAGAGAAAGAAUACUUCGAGCAGCUGAUAGAAGGCUACAAGGAUGCCGUAGCCCAGAAGAAGAAGGAAGUUGACCACAUACAAGAAGUACUCGGACGUAUAGCGACAGAGGCUGAGAAGGACCGAGAAACACUUGAGGUCAUUAAAUCAGAAAACGUGAAACUCAGGGAGUUGGCAACUGACCUUCAAGACAGAAAUUGUGAGCUAGAGAAGAAACUGGCAGACGAAACCCAGAAAAACUUUAUAUUAACGGACCAAGUUCAGUCGCUAGAAUUACUUUUAGGCCAAAAAGAAUCUCGGCUGGUUUCGGCAACAGAAAUUCUGACUGCAGAAAGAGCGAAAACUGAGAUUAUGGCCGCUGAACUCAAAAAUAUGAAGAACUGGGUCUCAGAACUAGGAGCAGAAAAAGCAAAGUAUAAAGAACAGUUAGAGGAAAAAGAAGCUGAAGUGACUAAAGUGAAGAAAGAGUUAGACAAUGGAAAGAUAACCACCCAAACUCUGGCUGGAGAAGCCCAGGUAAUGAAGAACUGGGUUGCAGAGUUAGAGAGAGAACACCAAGCUUCAGGAAAAGAUGAAAGAGGAGAGGGAAAUUUACACUUGCAGCAAAGGUUACAGGAAAAGGACAAAGAAGUAGAGACGCUGAGGAAAGAUGAGGAGGACCAUCAAGAACAAAUGAAGGACAAACUGCAAAAUCUCUCCAAGGAGAGAAACAGUCUGAUCGAAGCAGUCGAAAAACAGUCGAGGGAAUGCCACCUUUUAAUUGCAGAGAAGAGAGAGAGAAGAAUGAAAUUAGACUGUAUUAUCAGGAGAGAUUGGAUUCAGAAGGACAGCGAAAUGAAGAAGCUGCAGGAAGAAUGUGAUAAAUUGAAAGAAAAUUGGAGGAUACAGGAAGAAAAGAUGAUCAGGGAACAGCAACGUCUCAUGGAGCGUCAAAGAAGACAGGAAGAGGCUCUGAGGGAUCAGGAUAAAUACAUGUUAAUGACGCUUCUCCAUGGCACAGCUCAGAGGAACUUCAUCUGCAACACAUUGCACUGCAGCAUGGAAUUGAACAGGAGCGGCAAGAUGGAGGGCAAGAAGAAGACCUGUGGAUGA